AAUGUCCUAAGAUAAUAAAUAAGAUUAAGAUUUAUCAAACUUAACUCUUGCUGAAUUAUAAAAGUUAAAAGAGGAAAAUAAGUUGGAUAAGCUUUUAGACUAAGAAAAGUUAAAUAGAGAAAAGAAGUCUACAGAUAAUGAGAAUAAUAUAAUAAAAAAUGAAGAGUCAUAACAAACUAUUAAAUUAUCUUCAGAUGAUCCUGCUGAAUUGUAUGAGAAAUUAAAAUAGAAAUGGGGACUUUAAGAAUAACAAAAAACAUAAGAUGGAAGUAUAUUUAAAUAUUAGAAUAUAUUAGUAAGUUCAGAUUAAACAAAGAGUAAAUUAGAGAUAUUAUUAGAAGAGAGAAGAAAUAGAAAACCACCAAAACUAUAAUAAAUUUAAAAUGAUUAUAUACAAAAAAUAUAGGAUGAAACAGUGGUUGAUUCUGUAUAUAGUAAGGAAGGACCUAUGCCAAGAACUAUAUAAUAAAUGUUGACAGAAUAUUAAGGAAUAAAAGGUGCUGUUAAUAUUGGGUAAGAGUGGACUGAUAUAAUAUAAUAAGGAGUGAAGACAAAUUUAAAGAAUUAAGAAUAAGCUGCCAAUAGUAAACAUUCAAAAUAUGUAAUUAGAUUAUUUUUGGUUGAUGGCAAAAAAAGGACGUUUAGGAGUAGAUGGUUUUGCAAUAGCUUUUGGAAUAUUUGGAAUAAUUUUAAUUCCAAUUUAUUUUUAUUAAAGAUAGAAUCGUAGAAGAGGAGCAUAUAAAUAAGAGAUAAAAAUAGUAUCUGGAGUGAAAGAUUGGGAAAAUUCAAGUUUGGAUAUUGAUGAUGUUUCAGUAUAGCAAACAUAUUAUACAUUGUUUUCUGAAGAAAUAUCAGAAUUAAUGAAAAAGAAGAUGUUGGUUUAAUAAUAAAUCAGUAAACUAUUGGGAAGAGAAAAAUGAU